AUGUCCGACGCUGUUCAUUGCUCCGCCACUGUCCAUGAGCCCAUGUAUAUCUUUAUUGCUGCUUUGUUGUUCAACUCUAUCCUUUUCAGUUCUUCGAUCUACCCAAAGCUUCUGAUUGACUUCUUAUCGGAGAAGCAGAUUCUGUCUUAUGAGGCUUGUCUCAUUCAGGCAUUUGCUUUUUACACUCUAAGCUGUUCAGAGUACUUGCUGUUAGCAGCCAUGGCUUUUGACAGGUUUGUGUCGAUAUGUAAACCUCUGCAAUAUCACAUGAUCAUGAAAAAAGGAACAGUGAGUGUUUUCCUCGUUCUGGCUUGGUUUGUGCCUGCUUGCCACACCGUUGUGCCCUUUAUUGGAAAUGCCAAUUCCAAGCUCUGCAGCUUCACUUUGAAAGGCAUUUCUUGCAACAAUUCAGUGAAUCAACUUUUCUGCAUGGCUUCAAAAGCCUUGUUGACGUACGGCCUUGUUGUUUUAUUCAACGUUGCUGUUUUUCCGAUGGUUUUCCUACUCUUCACUUACACAGUUAUAUUUAUAGUGGCCUAUAGAAGCUGUGGGGAAGUGAGGAAAAAAGCUGCACAGACGUGUUUACCGCACCUGCUGGUUUUAAUCAACUACUCCUGUUUGUUUGCUUAUGACAUGAUUAUUCUGAGACUGGAAUCUGACAUUUCAAAGGCUGUACGGUUCGUGAUGACAAUGUGUGUAAUAAUGUGCAGUCCUCUUCUUAAUCCAGUCAUUUACGGGCUGAAAAUGAGAGAAAUCUAUAAACACCUGAGAAGGUUGUUCUCCCAAACGGGGACAAAGUCACUGCCUCCCAACAAGAUGCCCAAGCCAGCUCAGUUGACUCCUCUCGACAUGGAAGAGCAGCAGCUCUACCCUGAGUCCUAA